AUGCACGACUGCAGAUAUGGAGGAUAUGUAUGCACGACUGCAGAUGUUUGGACCGGAGGAUCUCGUCAAUUUCUUGGAGUAACAGUAAGCUGGAUUGAUUCUCAAACGUUAGAGCGCAAAUCCGCAGCAAUCGCAUGCAAAAGAUUUUAUGGGAUGCAUUCAUUUGAUGCAAUCGUAAAUCAGCUAUCGAGUAUUCACUCUUCUUUUGGCUUAACAUCACAGUAUAUUCGAGCGACGGUAACUGAUAAUGGAUCAAACUUCGUGAAAGCAUUUCGGGAGUUUGGAGUUUCAGCGUUGAAUGAUUCUUCUGCA